AUGAUACCCCUGCACCCUUCUGUGUAUCAUACCGCACUGAGGCAGCUGCGGGAGGGUGCUACUCUUUUGGAUAUUCAGAGUACGAACCGAGAGAUGCAAGCAGCCGGUGCUUACCCUGGUCAAGCAAAGGCGCUCGAGGACUCCCCGUACCGCUGGCUCCUCAAGCAGUCCGAUACGCGGUCUCUGUACCGCCAGUUCAAUCGAAUGCAAGGUAUCCAUGUCAGCGAGCGCGCACAUAUCAAUAUUGAUGACUGGCUCAAUGAAAACUCACCGCGUUAUGACAAGACACUGGCUGAUGCCGUGUUUCACUACUCAGCGCAUGCCGAGAAAGGGGACCGCUUCGAAAUCUGCAUCGCGACGAAAGACAUGCGGGAUGCAGCGUGGAAGUACGCGCAUGGCUCGCAAGUCAUCCUAGAUGGAACGUUCGGGAUCAGCAAUAAAAAGUUGUUGCUCUUUAUCGUCAUGGGGGUUGAUAACAAAGGGAGGGGCGUACCGCUAGCAUUUAUGCUAUUCUCUGCGCCAUCGGGGAACAAGCAAACGUCAGCCGGGUACAAUACGGACGUGAUUUCGCGACUUCUGGAGAAAUGGAAGCACUCACUCAGGACCCGUAACGGCAUCGUGUUUGAACCACUUGUCGCAAUAACCGACACUGACUUGAUGGAACGCGGCGCCUUGAUUCAUGUCUUCCCAAAGAUCUGGCUUCUUAUCUGCAAGUUUCAUCUGCGGCAGUCUUGGCGAAAGCACCGCAAUCGGCUAUUGAGGGGUAACUCACCUGUCCAUCUAACCGUCAAGAACCGCCUCCGACGUGUUGAAGAAGCAUUAGUGAAGACAACUACUCUGGAUGAAGCACGUACUGUCAUUGCGCAGGAACAGGAGUUUUUUGAGGCGAUGCUUGAUGGAACCCAUGCCGGAAUCGCUAAAAAUGGACUUGACCAUCUCGUCAAUUAUUUGUUGGGCUACUGGUGUAAGGAAGCAUUAUGGUGCAGUUGGUCUGACUACGGGCGGCAAGUCACCGCCCGGAUUAUGAAAUGUCCAUUCGAAGGUGUAUUACCUACUACCAAUCAUCUCGAAUCCUUCAACUGCGUCCUGAAGCGGAAACAUCUCCGCCGGUGGCAGCGUGGUGGGCGGCGGCUUCGGGAAGAUAUGCUCUUGAAGAUUCUUGUAACAAAGGUCUUACCAUCGAUAUUUCAUCAGCGUGCUUUCGAGGAGCAGGACGACGCAUGUCGGGAGAGUCUGAUCCGACGACUCCCUGGCGGGGACAAGCUGCUAGCUCGACGUGAUGAUGCCGGCAGUCGGAAUCAGCUUGUUCUUCCACCUGUCGCAUACCACGUUCCAGAUGAGCAGCGGGACUUGGCCGCACAGGAGCUUGUCACACACUCGCAGAUAGGUGCACCGUCUAUGGUCGGGGAUGGGUUCGUGUUCGAGUGCUAUUCUUCUCUUGCCACCGAGCUGGAUACCUCCCCCAUCAAAUAUAAAAUAUUUAUCGGGUUCAGUCGCACUGCUGAAUGCGAGUGCAAAGACUUCACGCACCGUGGAGGCGCCUGCAAGCACAUACGGGCCGCGUUACUAUAUAUGAACCACCUUCGGAUGUCCAGUCUGCCCUCACUGCCUGUAAUAACCCUGCCCACGUCGGCUCAAGAGGCACGUGCCCUGCAAACAAGGCUUAUGAUGGAUACAACCGUGUCAGCAGACAAUCCGGAUGAACAUGCCGACCAUCCAAUCAAUCGCGCUGCAGCUGCAGUUGAGGGAUCCUUGUGUGAGACUAACGGCAUAUAUGAAACAGAAAUUCAUGCGGAGCCCGAGGGAGAAAGUGAUGUAGACUCGGACGACACGGAAAGUGUAGCGACAGAUGCACCUGACAAGACGGGGUCUGCAUACGAGUUCACAGACCUUCGAACAAUCGCGAAGGCUGGUAUCGAUCAGCAGGCGGUGUCUCGUGUCUUCUACGAGCUAUCGCAAGUUGCUCCAAAGUUCGCUGACAUGGCAUUCUACCUCAAGGAUGCAACCCUCACGAGCGACAGCGAUAUAGCCAACACACGCUUGUUCAAUGCCCAGAUUGGGCUUCUAACUACAGAGCUCUCGCGUAUGGUUGCUACCGCCCAUGCGUCAUCGAAGGAUGCAGACUCGACUCCAGUUAUCGCUACAGAUGUUCCCUCCGCGACUCUCUUGUCUACCCCGCGAGCGAGUAAGCGCAAUCGCCUCGACAUUAUAGGUCCGUCUCCGGAGAAAGCUCAAAAAAGACAUAAUUCAUAUGCACCACAUUAA